UCUAAAUCCAAGGUUCAGGCGUGCUUCGUAGCUGAACUAGUAAAUGGGACGUAAUCAAGUGUCUUUGAGGAUAGCAUCCCUUGAUUCUUCUUUCAGGCAUAAAGACAGAUCCCUUCGACUUGGGAAUGCCGACCGUAAUCUCCUCUGCCCUAACUAACUUCCGUCACCAGUUGUUUUCGCCAUGGAUUACACCUCGCCACCAUCCGAAGAAUCUCGACAGAAAUUCAAGUCUACAAUCUUGACGAUGCUCCGCAGCGCCAUCAAGGUUGAGCUUUCAACUAUCCCUCUGUAUCUUUACUCAAUAUACAGCAUCAUCAAAGACGAUGGGAAAGGCGGAACCCAGGCGAGGGCGAAGAUUUCAGUUGUUGUUCACCAGGAGAUGUUACACCUGGCACUUGCCGGAAAUCUCCUUACAUCAAUCGAUUCCGGGCCCCAUCUUUAUUCUGCUGCAUCCCUGCCGACCUAUGGCGGUCCAGACGAUGUCAUUCUUUAUUCGAAAAUUCCACUCAGACUUGAACGUUGCGAAAAAAGCAAUCUCGAAUGCUUUUUGAGGAUCGAGGCUCCUUACCUGGCACCGUCAAAACUCACUGCCGAGGAAGAGAGCGCUAAUACCGGUGUUCAUGAUCGUGUUCAUCCAGUUCUGGGUGCCCUCGACAAGUUCAACAGCAUUGGAGAGUUCUAUUCAGAGCUUGAAGACAUGAUCAAAAAGUCCGCAGAAUAUAUUACUUUCAAGAAUAAAGACCUCCAGUUUUCUCCAACGGAUUUUUUCUCCGACAAGAUGACUCAAGUGACCGACCAAAAGUCUGCGCACCAUGCCUUGAAGAUUAUUAUCGAUCAAGGUGAAGGUAGUGUUGGGGUCGAAGAAGCACAUUACCAGAUGUUCCUCGAACUCUACAUGAAACGCACCGAGUGGACAUGCCAGCCUGUACCGAACUCGCCAAAGACCGAGACAUACAAAGAGAACAAGCUCGUGUACGAGCUGGCGCUUGCAUUCAAUGCAUCGUACUGCUACUUGCUGGUGACGAUCCAGAAGACGUGGCAAGUCAGUGAUCUUCUCUUUCGGCGGGGCCUUAUCGGAAACAUCCAUUCGAUCAUGAUCGACGUCAUGACACCCCUGGCCGAGUUCAUGGUCAAUGAACCCUUCCAGGAUGGGAAAGCUGCACCCCCGUUCGAGUUUUACGAUGUGCAAGCCGAAGAUCCGAGCAAAGUUGAUGAGGCAGCACGAAAACUGUGGGCAGCGAUCCAACUUCAUCUUGGAAAUGCGAUCAAUGAAGUUCAGGAUGCGGAGAAGAAGGAGGUAUUGAAUGUCAUCAAAUUUUCCGCAGAACGCAUCAUGUGGCCUAUGCCUAGACUGGGUCAUUCCUCCGUCUAGCGACUAGUAGAAUACG